AUGAUUCUGAGUUGUAGUGAACUAUUUAUUAUCGUCGACUGGCUGACGUGCGGCCGCCGUUUCAAAUCCAUUCUGAGCUCUAUCGCGACGGCGCAGAGUCGAGAUCGCAUGGUGCGACCCGUUCCACCUCCACGGUAUUACGUCAAUGGAACACGGCACGUUAACCGAACGCUCCGUGUCCGGGUUUGUCGCGCCCGAUCCGAAAGAUUCGCGCCCCCAAUCCGUCUUCGGCGGAUUCCCGACGCGUAUCUACCCCUUGUGCACGGCGCGGGCUAUAUCGGCGGCCGAGCGGAGCGGAGCGAACCGGUCGGCGGCGGCCUCUCACUUCGCAACUACGUAUACCGUUGCGCCGACUCGCUUUGUAGGAUGGUCCUGGAAGAGAAGGCCACCGAAAAGACAAUGGGUCGCGGGCAGGGGCGGCAUCAGCGGACGAAUCUAUCGGGCUCGGGCGGCUGUUCGCCGAGUGCCGAAGUGUUCCGCCGCGACGCGCUCUUUAUACCCGACGGUCGGCGCGGCGGAGAAAGCCGCCCCCCCCCCCCCCCCGCGCGCCGCCUGCCGCCCCCCUCGCCCGCCGAGCGGCCGGGUUUUUUCCUCAUCACUUCCAUAAUCGCGCACGGCGCAUACAAAAUAUCGAUCCCGGCCGCCACCAAUGGACCUUCGUGCGAGGCCACCUUUCAUUUUAGCAUCAACAGUAAUGCUGAAAUGGAGGGCCCACAGGGUUCGUUCGAGUGCGUGCGCAGCGGGGGCGCGCGUAGGCUCGAGUCGUGCGGGCCGCUGCCUCGUCGGAUGCGCGUCCAGGCCAACGACGACUCCUACGAGGCGACCAAGCACCGCAUGGCGCGCACCGUCGCCGCCGAGCAGAGCAAAUGCACCCGCGUGAUAAAACCCAACCAGACGGACAUCGGGCGCCGGGUCAAAAUGCGCCUCUCGCACCCCACGUACUCGAAUAUGUCCGCGGCGGCGCAGAUAGCGGAGAGGGCGGAGCGGGCCGAGAAGGAGCGGCUGGAGCGCGCCGAGCGGGAUCGAGCCGAGCGAGCGGAGAGGGAGCGGGUUGAGCGAGCCGAGAGGGAGCGGGUAGAGCGAGCGGAGAGGGAGCGAGUGGAGCGGGCUGAAAGGGAGCGCGCCGAGCGAGCGGAAAGGGAGCGCGUGGAGAGAGCGGAGAGGGAACGUGUGGAGAGAGCAGAAAGAGAGAGAAUAGAGCGCGCGGAACGGGAGCGGGUGGAGCGACCCGACAGGCCCGAGCGGCCGGAGAGGGCGGUGCCGCGGGGCGCCCCUCCGCCUCACCAGCGUCCGCCGCCCGCCGCGGACGUAUCGCGCCGCUCCAUCAACGAAAGACUUAUACAACUGCUAGCGCUGAAGCCCUUCAAGAAGCCCGAGCUGUACACCAGACUCAACAGCGAGGGCAUCAAGGAGAAGGACCGCGCCGAGGUGAACAAGAUACUGCCGAAGAUCGGCUCCCUGAAGGACAACUGCUACCACCUGCGCCGGCACAUAUGGAACGACGUCAACGAGGACUGGCCGUUCUACACCGAGGAGGAGAAGCGGAUGCUCAAAAGGCGGAAACCUCAGAACCUGACGCCGCCGCUGAGCAGCGACUCGGCGAACUCUCUGUCGCCGCGCGCCUCGCCCGGCGGCGGGGGAGGGGGCGGCGGCGGCAAGAGGGCGCCCCCCGGCGGCGAGGACGCGCCCGCCGCGAAGAAAAAGCGCAUCUCCCACUACCGCCGCCCCUCGCCACCCUCCUCCGGCUACGCGACCACCUCGUCGGGCGAGCGGCACGCGUCCGACAACGAGGACGAGCGGACCAACGUUAAAAAAGAUAACGGCUAUACGCUCAACUUCAACACUGUCAAGGAUCUCUGCCCCAGUCCUGUAAAAGCUAACGGUUUUAGAAGUAGUCCGCCCGUAGAGCAAACCAUUGUCACAGAAAAAGACAUCACAAAUACCGAACAAAUAGAAAACACAGAUCUAACGUCUGUACCUGAUGAGAACAUGACUGACUUGGUAGAUAUUGAGAGGCAGUACCCGGCGAUCGCGAGCUCGAGCGUGCGGCGCGCCUACAAGCAGGAGUUCACGGAGCUGUACACCGAGUACCGGGACCUGUACGGGCGCGUCGCCCAGGUGGCCGCGCUCUUCACGCAGCUCGAGCAGCAGCUGCGCCGAGCCGAGCCCACCUCGCCGCAGCGCCGGACGAUAGAGCAACGCAUCGUGGAGGAGUAUCAGCGCGUUCGCAACAACACCGCCUACCAACGCGAGAGGCGGCGUGUCAACUAUCUCCACCGGAAACUGAACCACAUCAAGCGGAUGGUGCACCAAUACGACCAGCUGGGAACAGCACUGCCCGAAAAAGGGCCCCAGUCCGACAUGUCGGACAAGGGUGAUUCCCCCACCCGACACCGCAAGCGCGAGAAGCGCACACCGGCGGUCGUGGAUCGACAGCUCGCCGCGCGAAAUUUGUUCACCGGUGAGCAACCGACGCCGCUACCGCCGAUCAGACCAAAAGCGCCAUCACCACCACCGGCAGCCACUACCAUUGAACACCUCCCCAGCGCACCGGACUACGAGCCCACGCCUGGGAAAGCGCCCGCGGUGACCACGCGGAUAUUCGGCGGCCCGGCAUAUGAACAUGCCGGGACCUCGAAUCCACUUCCUCCGCGACCCGCGAAGACGCUACGCCAACACACACCACCUGAAACCGAAGCAUCUCUGUACGAAAAACGCCAAUGCGUGGGCGCAGAGAUGCCCACACCGGAGAAACACGCAAUCGAAGCGGGAGCGAGAGCGUAUUCACAGCCGCCACGCUCGCCGUCGUCGGAUUCGUCAAUAGCACGAUCCGUAAGAUCCACGCCGAGCUCCUCACCAGAUCGACGACAACAGCAGCGUCAACCAUCUUAUGAUCUGGAGGAGAUGGGAGGCGAAGCAGUGUGGACAGAUGUUACUUCCUACGCCACAUUCGCCCCCAGCACUGACAGCAAAUAUCGCCGAACGACGCCACCGCGUUCACCGCAGCCGUCUACAUCCUACGCAGCAGCGGCCAUGCUGGCCUCGUCUCCCAAGACGCAGGCAGCACCUAAACCGAAACCGCCAACACCACCGCCAUCUAAGGCACAAGAACAGGAGGGCACCCGCAAGGCGCGGCGCCGCAUACACCAACCGUCCACCAAGCAGCCACAACAAAGCGAGAAAGGGAAAGGGGACAGGCUGUCCCGCUCCAACAGCAACGCCCCACCGCCAGGAGACCCACCCGCGAGGGAGCGAGCGCGCCAAUCGCGUCGUCCCACCGCGACACAGCAACGCGCUAUA